UGCUCUUGUGGUCGUCACGUCAUCCUCAUACUUGCUCCAGGAGCGCCAACAAAAUGCAUGUUCGUUUGGAUUUGUCACUCAUCCAUCUUUUACUACGUAUCUACAGAUGAAGAACCGAGCUUCCACGGGAGUUAUCACUAUGCUCCAACGGGAUCCCUCUAUCCAUUCGCUCUCCCCCCUUCUCCUCUUCUUCCUCCUUCUCCUCCUCAUAGUAUUGAAUCCCACAAGAAAGCAAAAACAAAGACGAUUCCUCCAGGUUCGAGCCACGAAAGAAGACGUGAAGGAGGGGACGGAGAACUACUGGUCUAGGAAAUGGGGUUUUCGAGCGAACCAGGACCUGACUACAUCUACGGGAAUCACCAUUAGAGGCCUUCUCCAAAUGCUCGAUGUUGCUCUCGAUGCCGGAGACCCCAGGCCCAUGAUUCGGCUCGGCCAUGGCGACCCUUCUCUGUUUCCGUGUUUUCGGACGUCUCAGAUUGCCGAAGACGCCAUUGUUGAGGCUGUUCGUUCUGCCAAGUUUAAUCAUUAUCCUCCCUUUGUUGGAAUGCUUCCGGCCAGAAGAGCUGUUGCUGAGUAUCUUUCUCUUGAUCUUCCAUACAAGUUAUCGCCGGAUGAUGUUUUCCUCACUCUUGGUUGUACACAAGCAAUUGAGAUUGCUCUAUCAGUCCUCGCUUGCCCUGGCGCAAAUAUUUUGCUUCCAAGGCCAGGGUUCCCAUUGUAUGAAGCUCGAGCAGCUUUUAAUCAUCUUGAAAUUCGUCAUUAUGAUCUUCUCCCUGAAAAGGGUUGGGAGGUCGAUAUCGAUUCCAUUGAAAAUCUUGCAGAUGAGAACACAGUUGCUAUGGUUAUCAUAAACCCGGGAAAUCCUUGUGGGAAUGUCUUCACUUAUCAGCACUUGCGGAAGGUGUCUGAGACUGCAAAAAAGCUUGGAAUUCUGGUAAUUUCGGAUGAAGUUUAUGGUCAUCUCACAUUUGGGAAUAAUCCUUUUGUGCCGAUGGGAGUGUUUGGAUCAAUUGUUCCUGUCCUUACCCUUGGGUCCAUAUCCAAAAGAUGGAUAGUGCCUGGUUGGAGACUUGGUUGGCUUGUGACUAGUGACCCCAAUGGAAUGCUUAAAAGGACCCAGAUUGUUGAUUGCAUUAAGGUCUGUCUCAAUAUUUCUUCUGACCCUGCGACUUUUGUUCAGGGUGCACUUCCACAAAUCCUUGGGAAAACACAAGAAGAUUUCUUUAAGAAGAUUGCUAGUAUACUGAGGCAAACUUCAGAAAUUUGUUUUGAGAAAAUAAAGGAGAUUGAUUGCAUUACUUGCCCACAAAGACCUGAGGGUUCCAUGUUUGUAAUGGUGAAAUUGAAUGUGUCACUUCUAGAAGAUAUUAAUGAUGAUAUAGACUUCUGCUACAAGCUGGCUAAAGAGGAAUCUGUAAUUGUUCUGCCAGGAAUCGCUGUUGGAAUGAAAAAUUGGCUACGGAUAACAUUCGCAGUCGAGCCAUCUUCCCUUGAAGAUGCCAUGGGGAGGAUAAGAUCCUUCUGCCAGAGGCAUAAAAAGCGACAAUAGGAGAAUCACAAAAUAAUUACUUGUCCAGGAAAAAAGAAAGAGAGAAAUAAUUGUUCUCAUCAACCAAUCUGGUGGAGCUGAUCUUGCCCAUUAGCAGAUGUGAACUGAGACCACCAACAUGUGGUUCAUCUUUAGGAGAUCCACUCGGAGAAGGUUCCCCAAUUGGGUCAACUAGGGAACUUCCCUCCUAUUCUAUUUUAACCAUAUGGAAGAAUCUUGGAGACAAUCCAGACUGUUUCAUCAGAUAGAGAACCCUCUACAUUGGCCAUAGAGCCCUGCAAUCCAUAUUAACCUCGUUCAUGACUUCAUGUAUCAAUAUCAACCCUUUUCCAACCUUGGAUUGGAGUUUUAUUUGACUAACACCAGAACCUAUUUAUCCAUCCAUAUA